ACAAAAAAUGGACAUGACAGUCUCCAUCAAGAAUCACUACACGGUGAAACCAGCAACUCAAACAUGGAGGGGACGAAUCCCAUUGACAGAAUUGGAUCAAGUCGGCAUCAUCUCUCAUGUCCCCAUUAUUUACUUCUACAAGCUUUCCUCCCCAGACUCCAUCAUCAACAUCCUCAGAGGUUCGCUAAGUCAAAUCCUUGUCCCGUUUUACCCAUUAGCCGGCCGCUUAUGCUUGCUCGGCAGAGGUCGAAUGGAGCUCGACUGCAACUCCGAUGGCGCCUUGCUCGUCGAUGCCGAGUCUAAACUCAGACUCGACUUCUCAGUUCCUGACUUUUCAUCUCUAUCCCGAUCACUCGCUCCCCACCUUCUUCCCCGCAUAGAUUACCGUCGUGUCCCUCUUCCAGAAAUCCCGAUAUUACUCGUGCAGCACACUAAAUUCAACUGCGGUGCCAUCAGCGUUGCAGUCGGGAUUUCUCACACCGUCGCCGACGGCCGGAGUGUCUUCCAUUUUAUCUCCGAAUGGGCCAGAGUUACUCGCGGGGAGCCGGUCCGUGUUAUGCCGCGGUUUAAUGAUGCAGAAAUUCUUCGAAUUAUCAAUCCGUAUGAUUCAGAUCCAUGGCAAGACCCUGAUAAAAAUUUCUCCUCUGACCCACCUAUAUUGCUUUUCGACCCGGAUAGUACCCAUUCCUCCAUUGAUAAAACAACCGAAGCAACCAUGAUUCUGACAAAAAACAAAGUAGCCAAUCUCAAAAUCAUGGCUAAUUCUGACUCUAAUCUCAACUUCAGCCGAUACGAGAGCAUCGCAGCCCACAUCUGGCGUUGCGCGUGCAAAGCUCGUUUCCAAAAACCAGAUGACCCAACAGGGUUAGCCGUCUGUAUUGACAUCCGCAACCGUCUACGGCAGCCGGCGCUGCCACAAUCCUACUUCGGCAACGCGGCUUUCGACUUCGUCGUAAAGAGCACCGUCGGCGAGAUAAUCUCAAACCCAUUAACCUUCGCGACGAGUAAAAUCAGGGAGACGGUAAAAAAGGUGACGAAUGAGUAUGUGAGGUAUGCCAUAGGAUAUUUGAAAAACCAACCGGAUCUGACGAUGUUUCAAGACAGUCUUAAGGCUCUGAAGCGCAGCGACAUUGUUGGGGUGUUGAGUUGGUUGACAUUUCCAUCUCAUGAUUUUGAUUUUGUGUGGGGGAAGGUGGAGUUUGCGGAGCCUGGAGAUCGGGAUUUUGAUGGCGACUGUGUUAUUCUUCCAGGUCCUGAGAAUGAUGAAUCCAUAGUUGUUAGAGUGAGGUUGCAGGUGACUCAUAUGGAAGCUUUUAAAAAAUACUUCCAUGAAGAUAUACAUGCAGCAGCUUACGCUGAUCGAACAGGUUUCAAAAAGCGUUCUUCUCUUUAG